AUGACUGAGAUAACAUUAAAUUCGCUGAAUCUGUCUUCGGUUCGAGACAAGGUGGUCGUACUCGCAGGCGGUGCCCAGGGCAUUGGGGCCGCAACAGUUUCUACAUUAUACCGAGCAGGCGGCCACGUUGUGUGCGGCGACUGGAACGAAGACGCAGCUCGCUCAUACAACAAUGCCCUCAUUGCAAAUGCGGGAGACGGCACCGGCAGCAUUCAGUUUGUGAAAGUCGACAUUAGCAAGUACGAGUCGCAGCUUGAUCUCUUUGACGCAGCCAUCAAAACCCAUGGACGCGUGGAUAUCGCCAUCUGCUGUGCCGCCGUGGGCGAACAGGCGGGUUGGUUUGAGCCAGAGAGCCUCGACUUGGAGAGCGUCAGAACCGUUCCAACGCCUCUGGCGGAUAUUCUCGACAUCAACCUGAAGGGCUCGUUGUACUUUACCCGGAUCGCACUGGCAUACCUGCGGCCGCAGGGACCAGCAGAGGGACGCGGAGGCUCCCGGUCCAUCAUUCUGCUGUCGUCGGUUGCCGGCUUCAAGGAGUCGCCGGGGCUCUUUGCCUAUUCGGCCUCCAAGCAUGGCGUGCUGGGCAUUAUGCGCGGCCUGCGCUUGUACACGCCUGCCAGAUUCAAUGUCCGCAUCAACGUGGUUUGUCCCUGGGCGACCGACACCCAAAUGCUGGGCCAUGUGAAGAGGGCGUGGGAGGCGGCGGGGUUGCCCAUGAAUCAGCCCGCGGAUGUGGCGCGAAUCAUCUGCGAGCUGGCAACGGGCGAGCAACACAAUGGCAGGGCUGUUUUCGUCGGAGGCGGGAGGGGAUAUGACAUCGAGAAGGGCAUCGAUGAUUUGGAGCCGCAGUGGCUCGGGGAAGAGCCGGCAAGGGCGUUGAAUCGCGGCCAGCAAGUUUUGGGUAUGGGCGAGAAUUGGGGUAAAGGCAAACUGUAG